AUGGCUGCACCACACGGGUCUGUGCCAAACCCCGGCGAAUCGUUCAGCAAUCGCGGAUAUGGCGUACAGGAGACGGACUUUGUGACGUCUGCGACUGUUGGCGGCCCGGCGAUGGUGGCUCCUCAGGUCGGUCAGCAGAGCGCCUUCACCGAAGACUUCGCAUCCAUAACGGACGGCGGGAUCAACCGAUCUGCCUCAACUGCCUCCACAGCAGUCGGCGGCGUAUCGCGCAAUAACACGCUCAAGAAGAAAUCCAGCUUCAAGCGCAGCAGCAGCAUCAAGCGCAGCGGCAGCAAGAAGAGCCUGUCGGCGGGCAGUUUGCGCAGCGUAUCGCGCAGCUACGAUGCCGACUCGGCCGACUUCCACAGCGUCUUCUCCACCCCUGUGCCUACGACAGGUGCACCGACCGAGGUGUUGGCCAACCGUUUCCAGGCCUGGCGACAGCUGCUCAAGAGCUUGAUCACCUACUUCCGCGAGAUUCAAAACUCCUACGAUGCACGCGCCAAGGCGAUUCACAAGGUACAGAACACCAUCUCCAACGUCGUGCACCCCUCAGUCUUCAUGACGAAUGGUGGUCUCGGAGAUGCCACUCGGAUCCUCACCGACUUCCACCAACACUCCAUCGUCGAGGCACACAAGUCGCGCGACAUUGAGAAUGAUGUCAUCAAUGCCUUGUCCGGAUUGAGAAGUGAUCUUGGCCAGAAGAUCAAGGAGAUAAAGGGUCUGAGUGGUGAUUUCAAGAACUCGGUCGAGAAGGAGAAGGAUGCCACACGCAAAGAGAUUGAGAAGCUUAGGGAGGCUCUGCAGCACGCCGACCACGAGGACGCCAUGGGCAAGAAUGAUCCAUAUGUUGUUCGUCUCGGUGUUGAUCGGGCAGUUGAGAAGCAGAUUGACGAGGAGAACUAUUUGCACAGGGCAUACCUCAACCUCGAAAGCUCUGGGCGUGAGCUCGAAGCUAUUGUGGUUGGCGAGAUUCAGAAAGCAUACAAUGCGCUCGCCGGCAUUCUUAAGCGCGAGGGCGAUGACGCCUACAACGCGGUCGAAGCCCUCCGCACUGGGCCUAUUGCUCUGCCAAAGGAUCAGGAGUGGUACCAAUUCGUUACCACUGACCCGCACUUCGUCGAUCCAGGCCUUCCCCUUCGCAGGAUCGAGGAUAUCUCGUACCCGGGCAAGAACCACCCACAGGCUACUGAGAUCCGUGCGGGCAUGCUUGAGCGUAAGAGCWAGUAUCUCAAAUCGUAUACCCCUGGCUGGUAUGUGCUCUCGGCAACUCACCUGCACGAGUUCAAGUCUGCGGACAAGAUCUACUCGCAGCCACCGGUCAUGUCGUUGUACUUGUUAGACCAGAAGCUCGGGUCGCAUUCAGACCGCGGCUCUUCCAGCCAUAAGUUCAUGCUCAAGGGAAAGCAGUCGGGUGGCAUGCACAAGGGUCACAAUUGGGUGUUCCGCGCCGAGAGUUACGAGACAAUGAUGGCAUGGUUUGAGGACAUCAGGAUCUUGACAGAGAAGACUGGCGAGGAACGCAGUGCCUUUGUUCGAAAGCAUGCUCGCAGCGUUAGUGGCACUAGCGAACGUAGUCGUUCCGCCACUGUUAGCAGUGAUGGCAUGGAAGAUGACGAAGCCGAUCAGGCUCCAUACUCGGCCGAUGCCGCCGGUCUUGCAGAGAAGCAUCCUGCAGAGCAGCGACCAGUGCGGCCGCAGCCAGGGGGCCGAUUCCCGUCUGAUCUGCUUCUUCGAAAGACGGGUACCAUGGCGAGUGAAACGAACUCUUCUGAUUCUGAUCGUGGAGUUACUGGGGCCGCCAGCGUUCCUGCCGGCUCUGCUCAGCACGAGUAUGGCGGAGAAAAUCCCUACCGCCUCGMCGGCGUCCGAGGCUCGUACGAUGGAGAACGGCAUGCUGCGCUUGCACAGGAACAGCCACUCAAGCAAAGUGCUGAUCGUGCACUUGACACUCAGCCUGUCGCUAUUCCCGUCCAGCAACAGCCAAUAGUUCACCAGCAGCAACCAAUCGUUCAGCACCAGCAACAGCAGCCGCAAUUGCAACAGCAGAAGCCAUUUGUACAGCAGUCAGCCCCGCAGCAGCAGCAGCCGCAGCAGACGCAGCCACAGGCCAUUGCGGCUCCACAGCAGCCAAUCGUUCAGGACAGCACACGGAAUGAAUGGCUGGCGCCCGCUGCAGGAGGCGUUGCAGCAGGAGCCGGAGCUGGUAUUAUCGGCACCGAGGCUUACAAGCGUCAGCAACACGACGCCGUUGUACCAGAGCUGGAAGGCGAUUUUUCCCCGGUUUCGCCCAUCGAGGCCGAAGAACUACCUUUUAGUGCUGCAGCUGCCCCAACGGACAGUACACGCGCGAAUGCUUCCGCCGCCUCCGCGUACGCAGCCGUGCCCGUGAAUCCGACCGCUGAUGAGGAGGUCACCGAGGCUAGACGCGGUAGUCCCGGCGUUGUAGCAUUGAGCGACAGUGCAACACCUAUCACAUCUCUGCCGUCCAAGCCAAGCUUCGGUGAUCGUAAUAACAUUGACGACAUCUUGAGCGCAGCUUCGACCCCAACGAUUGACACCGAUGUGCUCAAUACACCAAUCGUACCUACGACUGAUCCUCUUGCCGCAUCCCCAACGACUACUGCGAUUGCAAGUAGAAGCGCAGAAGAGGAGCUGGGUGGCAACGAGAGAGUGGGCGCUCAUGAGACUGGCGUGCUGUUCCCGCGGGUCAUCAGACAUGACACGAGCCUGAGCGUGAGUGCUCUGCACGUUCCCGGCGAAUUUCCCACACGUUAG